CCGCCAUCGCCUCAGUGAAGCGGCGGCGGCCGGAGGAGGCGGAGGGGGGCGGUCGGCGGCGGCGGUCGGCGGGAUGGGGAAGGACUAUUACCGCACGUUGGGGCUAUCGCGGGGCGCCUCGGGGGAGGACGUGCGGAAGGCUUACCGCCGGCAGGCCCUGCGCUUCCACCCUGACAAGAACAAGGAGCCGGGGGCCGAGGAGCGCUUCAAGGAGGUGGCCGAGGCCUACGACGUCCUCAGCGACCCCAAGAAGCGGGAGAUCUUCGACAAGUACGGGGAGGAGGGGCUGAAAGGGGGAGCCCCGACCUCCGGCCCAGGAGGGUCCAAUGGCCCCACCUUCACCUACACCUUCCGGGGCGACCCCCACGCCAUGUUCGCCGAAUUCUUCGAUGGUCGCAACCCCUUCGACACCUUCUUCGUCCAACGCAACGGGGAUGACGAGGACGGUGAAGACACCUUCACCACCUUCCACGUAGGAGGUUUUGGUAGCGUCGGCUUCCCCCGGGGUCGGGGAGGGGCGGAAGGUGGCUGUCGUAAGCAAGACCCCCCGGUCCUCUACGAUCUGAAGGUCUCCCUGGAGGAGAUCUACAGUGGUUGCACCAAGAAGAUGAAGAUCUCCCACAAGCGCCUCAACCCUGACGGGAAGACGGUGCGUAACGAGGACAAGAUCCUUACCAUCGAGGUGAAGCGGGGUUGGAAGGAGGGCACCAAGAUCACCUUCCCCAAGGAGGGUGACCAGACCCCUAACAACAUCCCCGCCGACGUCGUCUUUGUCCUCAAAGACAAACCUCACGGUGUCUUCCGCCGGGAGGGCUCGGACAUUGUCUACCCAGCAAAGAUCAGCCUCCGUGAGGCCCUCUGCGGCUGCACGGUCAACACCCCCACGCUGGAUGGCCGCACCAUCCCCAUGGUCUUCAAGGACGUCCUCAAACCGGGGGUGAAACGUCGCAUCCCGGGGGAGGGGCUGCCCUACCCCCGCACCCCCGACCAACGCGGGGACCUCAUCAUUGAAUUCGAGGUCAAGUUCCCCGACAGGAUCCCCCCCUCCUCCAAGACCCUCCUGGAGCAGAUCCUGCCUGUCUAG